AUGCCAGCCGCAGCAGCAGCAACCGUUGAAGCAGCCCCAUCAACAGCAGCAAGAGCAGCAGCAGCCAGUGCUGCUCUAGCAGCGGGCGACGAAGGAAUGGCUGAAACCUCAGCAACCUUUGGCCCCGCUGUCUCGAGCUGCAGCAGCAGCAGCACAGCAGCAGCGACGGCAGCAGAGCCAGCAGCAGCAACUGCACCUGCAGAGGAAGCAGCGGCUGCAGCAGACCCCGUUGUAGCGUUUCUCCUUGAUGAUGAACAGCAGCUGCAGCAACACGUUCUGCUAUGCGACGAGUUGCUGCAGCAGCUGCUGCUGAGCAGCAAAAGGCGGCAGCAGCAGCAGCACAUAAAGCAGCAGCUGCUGCCAGACCUGCAGCAGCUACAGCAGCAAGCCGAAGGCACUGUGGCUGCAGUGGAGCAGCAAUUGCGGGCAGCAGCAGAGACAGCAGGGGCCAUCAGCCGGCCUAUUCAGCAGCUGCAGCAGCAGCAGCAGCUGCUGCAGCAGGCAGCAGACAUAGCGAAGCACAUAAACGCAAUUCAUACGCAACAAA